AUGUGAGGUUUUUGUAUGAUUGGUUUUACUGGGUACUCCUACAGGACAUGGAAAUCCAAGAAAGGUGAAGUAGGACAGGCAGUCAGGCUUGCUUUGCAGUAUGGGUACCGACAUAUUGAUUGUGCACAUGUUUAUCAAAAUGAAGACGAAAUAGGGGAGAGUCUUACUGAGGUGUUUAAAGAAGGAAAAGUGAAACGUGAAGAUAUCUUCAUUACAUCAAAGCUCUGGUGCAAUAGUCAGGCACCUGAGGAUGUUUUACCAGCAUGUGAGAUAACGCUGAAAAAUCUGCAGUUGAAGUAUUUGGAUUUGUAUCUUAUCCACAUCCCCCUUGCUUUCAAAAAAGAUGUCCCUUUUCCUCACUCCAAGGCAGAAGGGGUGAUAGGUUACUCACCCGAAGGCAUGGCCAAGACUUGGCAGGCAAUGGAGCAGCUGGUGGACAAAGGUCUCUGUAAAGCUAUUGGCAUCUCAAAUUUUACAAUUAAGAAGACAAAAACUCUUUUGGAAACUGCCAGAAUAGUUCCAGCUUGUAAUCAAGUGGAAUUACAUCCAUAUUUACCUCAGCCACAACUAUUGAAGUUUAGUGCUGACAAAGGCAUUGUUGUGACGGCAUACUCUCCUCUGGGCUCUCCUGAUCGUCCUUUUGCCAACAAAGAUUCUGAACCUGUGAUACUGCAAAAUCCUGUGUUGAAGAAAAUCGCUGAAAAACAUGGCACCACUUCUGCUUUGAUCGCUUUAGCCUGGGGUAUCAAGCGUAACACUCCAGUCCUCCCAAAAGCCGUCUCUGAAAACCACAUCAAAGAGAACCUUGAAGCACUUCAUGUAAACUUAGAUGAGGAUGACAUGAAAGCGAUUGAGAAUAUUGGAAUACGCCACCGUUAUCUCAUGCAGGCGUGGAUGUUCCAGCCGGAGGAAGUUCCUGAGAAUUACUGGGAUGGCGAAGAAUGAUUGGCUACUGAACAACAACUUACGGAUAGCUUCAUGAGUGAAAUUUAUAGGACAGCAUGCAAUUAUUGUGAGAGUUUUUCAAUUUUAGAGCAGCGAUUAAUUUUUGUGUUAUUUUUCUCAUUUAUUGGAAGGAAAAUUGACUUCUCGCGCUUGAAAAAAAUAUAUCUCGUACUUCAACCUUUCUUCGUAGAUAUUGGUUAAGGGCACUAGAUGUUAUAAAUGAUUCAAACAACAGGGUUUUUUUUUAAGAAACUAGUCUCUCGAAUCGCCACGAGUUUACUAAUGGACUGCCGGGCUGGCAGUAAGUUUGUAACAUUCUUCUUUUUGAAGAACAAUUUAGUGUUUGUUAUUUGCCUUCUAGAAAGUGAAAGGUAGAUUAUAAACACCUUGGAUUUUAUGAAGAGUAACCAAAUAUAUAUUAAAUUAGGGUUAUGAUGCAGUUUACUUUUAUGACUAUCCUACAAAAACAAGACUUUGUCUAUUAAGUAACAUGUUAUCCUUCUACAUAAUUUCCCGAUUAAGUCAAGACAAGACACUUGUUUUACCUCCUAGAAGAAGUAAAGAAGCUUUGCCUCGAAGCACACGAUAGCUAAUGCUUUACAAACUCAUUAAAAGAACGCACUUUUUACUCACGGUUUUCAUUAACGUGAAACCUCCUUCCUUCACGUUGAAAACGGCAGAGAGCAAACGGCGUCAAAUAUGGCGGAAAAAAAUUGUUCACCUGGUCAUCUUUGUCUUUGUCUUUUGCCGUGAAAGUCAUGGUUAACCUCCCUCUUCGCUUGUUUGAUCACUGAAUUGUCCUUUUCGACGAAAAGGAAACAAAAUCCUUAAAAGUUAACUCAGUUGUAGGGCAUAUACGUCAUGCGUCAUUAUGUGACUAUGAAGUCAUUGUAAUUAGUGAUUUGACGUCAUCAACUUAAUGAAGUCAUAAAAAUUUAACGAAGCUAUUAUCAAACCAAUCAAAACUAUAACAGAAUUCUCGGACAUGAUUGAUUAUCAGUCCGAUUUGAGCACUAACUGGACAGCGUAGACAUCAUGCCUGUGUAAUUAGACAUUACGUGUCAAAUGCGCGCACCGUUGUGCAUUUCACUGAGUUGUUUCUUAUGAAAACGUAUAACCGAUGGUUGGUUUCUUUCUCAAAUUUUGUCAUAGUUUUGAUUAAUUAGUGCGUUAAUUUUGAGGAUUUCGUUUUGCUUCUUAAUGACUUCGUUAACUUAAAAGACGAAGUUAAUUUCAUGACGUUGUAUAGUUAUGACCUUGUCUAAUUUUAUUAAUGACAU